AUGAGGCGCCGUGGAAAGCCCCGAUUCGUAGAGAACCCCGAAUUUCGCGUUUCUGACUUCCACUACGUGGUCGACUACAUCCAGACGCUCCCAUAUGUCGACUCGGAGCGUAUCGGCGUGCUAGGCGUUUGCGGCGGCGGUGGCUAUGCCUUCAACGCUACCAUGACUGACUACCGCCUCAAGUGCUGUGUCGGCAUCAUACCGGCGAAUUUUGGCCGGCUGGUCCGAGAAUCCCUUGGUGGCUUUCAUCUGGUCGGUUCUCUUGAGAAAAUGGCUAAACAGCGCACCCUCGAAGCACAGGAGGUCAUCGUGACUCGUCCAUUCAUCGCCCUUAUUGGCGCCAUUCCUGGCGGCUUUGGUGCCUAUCAUAACGGCAAUGAGAUUUAUAGCCGUUCCGCUUCCAUGGAGAAGGAGCUCCUUGUGCUUCCUGGCGUGUCGCACUACUAG